AUGGCUGCGCCUUCUAUAACCCCAAGGCCUCCAAAAAGACAUCUCGACACUGACCGGACUGACUCGCUCAUCCGAAGAUCAUGGCAUGCAAUGUCCGAGCGACUUUCUCCCUUCUCUCCUGCAGCACUGGCUUCUCUCCCAAAAUUAUCUCGUCCUUCACGAUACACUCGAGCAGAUGCUAUUCCCACUGCAGAAGAGGACCAUGACGGCCAGCGACCGACUGUACGGGACUACCAUUCGAUAAGCCACCUGCCCCCUCAAGUCAGAGUUCCGAAGAAGAUAAAGACACCGGUUAGAGUGGAAGGAAAGGUCUGGUUUGCGAAUGAGCGAAGUGAAUCGUGCUUUGUGACUUUUAUCUAUAUCUGCGACCUUACCUAUGCGCCUUAUUUCUUAGCAUGGGUUUCCUGGCUUAAUCUUGCAGUACUUUUGGGAACUCUUUCACUGGCUCUUUUCAACGCAUCCAAAGACACUGUAGCCCGCAAUUUUGCCUAUACAUAUGCAGUGAUUAGUAUCAUCGUGAUGAUCUACGGCUACGGGUUGUAUCAGCAUCGUAUUACGAUGAUUCGGAGACGGGAUCCUGGACACUUUGACGCUAUGGCUGGUCCCGUUCUUGUCAGCAUACUGUUGUUCUUCGCCAUUCUCGCCAACUUCAUCAUUCGCGUUCGUGAACUCCAAGAGAAACAUAUACCUAUUCCCGGGGCGGACUUCAUUGCCUCAUUUCGCAAUCUUCGCAACACGCAAAUUUCCAUGCCCAACGUCACACCCUCAUCAUUACAAUAA